GUUAUUAAAAAAUAAGGUGGAAGCUGAGUUGACAAUGAGAAAAACAAAAUUAUUUGAUUUAAUUAAACAACAUAAGCCGGAAGACAAAGUAUUUGAAAUUAAUAAAAUACUUGAAGCCCAUGGACACACUGUGCUGCGACUUCCACCAUACAACUGUGACUUAAAUCCAAUUGAAAUGGCGUGGGCAAAGCUCAAGAAUUUCGUCAGAGGAAGAAAUAUUCUUGGAGAUAUUUGCAUGACGAAGUUGCUGCAGUUGGUGAAAGAAGGUUUUGAAACGAUAAGUCAAGAUGACUGGAGUGCAUACUGCCUCCAUGUGGAGAAACUUGAAAGAGAAUAUUGGGUUAAGGAUGGGGUUAUGGAAGACAUAAUAGACGCUAUAGUUAUUAAUUUAGAAACCUGA